ACGAAAACAGACGGGUCUUAUAUAUUACUUUUAAGCAGCACAGAACGUAAAUUAAAAGACAAAUAUUACUUAUUGUUAUCAAUAAAACCUCACCUAAAAGCAUUUCGGAAUGCUUAGAACUACCUCGUUUUAAAGAGCUCGAUAAGAAAUAAUAGAAAUUGUAAAAACCAAUCCGAAAAAUCAAUUAAAAUUUGUGUAAAACUUCUUUAAUCACUAACCCAGUGCUGACGAAAUGGAAACGGAGUCUCUGAAUCGUAAGAAUUCCUCGCGGAAGAGUUCGAUUGUGAAUGGGAAUGGAGAUGCCUCCGCCAAGCUGACCAACGGAGAUGCGGAUGGUGGUGAUGGAGGAGGUGGCGGAGAGGUGACUCUGAAGGCCAAGAUGAGCCUGCUCAAUGGUUGCACGGUCAUCGUGGGCUCCAUCAUCGGGUCGGGCAUCUUUGUGUCGCCCACGGGAGUGCUGAUGUACACGGGCAGCGUUAACCUGGCCCUCAUCGUGUGGGUCAUUUCCGGACUCUUCUCAAUGGUGGGCGCCUAUUGCUAUGCCGAGUUGGGAACGAUGAUCACCAAGUCGGGAGCUGACUACGCCUACAUCAUGGAGACUUUCGGACCCUUCAUGGCCUUCAUCCGUCUCUGGAUCGAGUGCAUGAUCGUGCGACCCUGUUCCCAGGCCAUUGUAGCCCUCACUUUCAGCACCUACGUCCUGAAGCCCUUCUUCCCGGAAUGCUCUCCUCCGGAGGACUCUGCCCGCCUCCUCGCCGUCUGCUGCAUACUCGUGCUAACCCUAAUCAACUGCUGGGACGUCAAAUGGGCUACCGCUGUGCAGGAUAUCUUUACAUAUGCGAAACUGCUGGCCCUGUUUAUCAUCAUUGCCACUGGCGUGUACCAACUGUAUCUCGGCAAUGUCCAAUACUUUACGUUCGAGAACACGGACACAAAAGUAACCUCCAUCGCUUUGUCCUUCUACUCCGGACUCUUUGCCUACAAUGGAUGGAAUUACUUGAACUUUAUAAUUGAGGAGCUGAAGGAUCCCGUCAAGAAUCUGCCCCGCGCCAUAGCCAUCAGCUGCACCCUGGUGACUGUUGUCUACGUCAUGGCGAAUGUGUCCUUUUACACCAUCUUGUCCCCGGAUGAGGUCCUUGGCUCCUCAGCCGUGGCGGUGACCUAUGCGGAGCGGGCCUUCGGCAUGCUGGCCUGGACCAUUCCAGUUUUUGUUGCCUUGUCAACGUUUGGAGCCGUGAAUGGUAUUCUGCUGACCUCCUCCCGACUGUUUUAUGCCGGAGCCAACAAUGGCCAGAUGCCCGAGAUCCUCACCAUGAUCCAGAUUCAGAGAUUCACUCCCACUCCCGCGGUCUUGGCCAUGGCUCUGCUGUCUAUGUUGUACCUCACGGUUUCGGACAUCUUUGCCCUGAUUAACUACGUGGGCUUCGCCACUUGGUUGAGUAUUGGUGUGGCUGUCUUGUGCCUGCCCUGGCUGAGAUGGGCCCAACCCAAUCUGCCACGUCCCAUCCGUGUUCCCAUGGUAUUCCCGAUUGUGUACCUCAUAGCCACCAUGUUCGUGACCGUGGUGCCCAUGUACGCCAGUCCCGUGGAGACUGGAUAUGGCAUCCUGAUGAUUCUGUCCAGCAUACCCGUCUACCUGGUGUUCAUCGCCUGGAAGAACAAGCCGAUUUGGUUCCAGAAGACCAUGGGCGGACUGACACAAGUUCUACAGAAACUGAUGAUGGUUGUGCGUCCCAAAGCGGCGUCAAAGUAAGCCUCACGCGAUUCCUACAAAAAAUGCUCAUGGUACUCGGAAAGCAGGCGAAACCAGCUCAGGUGUAAAGUAAGGAAAGUUCUUCGGAAACGCGACAGAGAUUAGAUUUCAAGUUAGCCAAGAGCAGAGAAAGCAUUUAAAAGCACACACUUGAUGGCAGGAUGCAUUAUAUAGACAACGUAAACGCUUUUGUGUAGCCAACCAAUGAUAUACAACUUAAAACACACGAAAACUUCUGCCAGCUUCUGGGCGAUAAUACGAUAUAUACUAUAUAUAUUUUUAUAUACACAUGUAAGUCUUAGGUUGAAGCGAAGCCCAGUGCCCAGUAGGUUUACAAACUAAGCCCUAGUUAAGGUUCAGCUCUGGAUCCGUACUUAUAGAAAGACUGUGGAACAAAAAGGGAAAAUUACAAGGAAUCAAGGUGUCCAGAGCUGAGCGUUAAUUGGCUUUUCAGAUUUUGGCAUUUUAAAAGAGCUGUGCAUGCAGAAAGUAUUCUCAAAAAGGUGUUAAGAGUUUUUUUUUAAUUUACUAAACCGUUUUAAGCCUAGUUUUGGAGGUUCCAGGCCCAAUUUUCACGCAUUUCGAAACCAUGCUCUAGGCUUAGCUUGAAGUAGAAAGUUUAAACAUACUCAACAGAAAGAAUUACAGAGUUAAGUUUAAAACAAAUCAUGGACAUUUUAGAGCACAUCUGAUUACUUUUCAUUGAUUUAGGAGUCUAGCUUUAGUGGCACUGCAAUUUUAAUUCAUUUAGUUAAGCUUAGCGUUCAGGUUGCUCAGUUCAGGUUUCAUUGGUGCAUCGUAGUGUCCUACCUGUACAAGACCUGGUUGAAUCUAUAUAUCUUACGGCUUCCCAAAAACACAAAUGCCACCCCCCAAUGCACAUAUCCAAGAAGAGAUAACCGAACCGACGUCGUCGACGUCGAACGAGAACGGAAACUUGCCAACGUACAUAUUGAACAUAUUGAGAAGAACAACUUGUUGUCUAACUACGAGUACAAAUCGUAUCGAAUUGAUCUAGCAUUGAUUUAACAUUCAUUAGUUGUUGUUGCUUUGAGUGUUCGGCAGUAAGUGUUAUUCGUAUAAAAUAUUAUUGCCUGUUUAGCAUUCAACUAUUUAACUGUUACACAUUAAUAUGGAGCCGCAGCCGGGGGAUCUGUUUAACUACUAUGAAACAUAUUGUUGACAAUAAUAUUGUAUUUAUAUAUAAAUGUAUAUUAUAUUAUAUGUAUACCCUAUGAAACCUCUGUCUUUCUGCAAAUAAGAUCGAUCGAUUAAAUUGACAAUUAACUAUU